AUGGAGAACGUUAUCUUCUUGCUCGUUUCCAUCGUGAUCGCGACCUGCAGCGGCUGUGUGUUCACUGAGCGCAUCGUGACGACGAUCGCGGAUGGCGCCCGCGGCGUCUUCGUGACUGACGUUGACGGCGACGGCGACGUCGACGCGCUGUCGGCGUCCGCCUAUGACGACACGAUCGCCUGGUACGAGAACGACGGCUCCCAGUCCUUCACGGAGCGCGUCAUCACGACGCUCGCGGACAGCGCCUUCUCCGUCUUCGCGAUCGACGUCGACGGCGACGGCGACGUCGACGCGCUGUCAGCCUCCGCCAACGACCACUCGGUCGCCUGGUACGAGAACGACGGCUCCCAGUCCUUCACGGAGCGCGUCAUCACGGCGCUGGCGGACCACCCCCGCUCCGUCUUCGCGAUCGACGUCGACGGCGACGGCGACGUCGACGCGCUGUCGGCAGUCCGAAACGACGACACGGUCGCGUGGUACGAGAACGACGGCGCCCAGCCGUUCCAGUCGUUUACCGAGAGAAUCAUCACCGCAUCGGCGAUGCAGGCCGCGUGCGUCUUCGCCAUCGACGUCGACGACGACGGGGACGUGGAUGUGCUCUCGGCGUCGUACAACGACGACACGGUCGCCUGGUACGAGAACGACGGCUCCCAGUCCUUCGCGGAGGGCGUCAUAACGGCGGCGGCCAUCGAAGCCUGGUUCGUCUACGCGAUCGACGUUGACGGCGACGGCGACGUCGACGCGCUCUCGGCGUCCGCCUAUGACGACACGAUCGCCUGGUACGAGAACGACGGCUCCCAGUCCUUCGCGGAGCGCCUCUGCGACGGCACCGAGGGCGUCUACCGGCUCCGGUGCCCCGGCGAGGCCUCCCAGUGCCUCGAGCGGGGCGCGCGCGGCUGGCGCAUGGGCGCGGGCUGCGAGGCGACGGUCGUGUCGACGGCCCCGGCGGUCGUGACCUGCGCGUGCCUCGUGGACUACGCCGCGGCGAGCGACUACGCGCUCAAGAGCGACAGGCUCGCGUCCGUCGCCGCCUACGUCGGCACGGCGGGCGCGGCCGUGGACCUGCGCCGGAGCCGCGUCGUCCUCGCGGCGCUCGCCGUCCUCCUCGGCGCCGUCGUCCUCGGCGCCGCGGCCGCGGACCUCUACGAGGCGACGCGCGGCGCGCCGGCCCGCGGCGCGGCGGCGGCGCCGGUGCCGAAGCUGCGCCACCGGCCGUCGAUGGACGAGCGCGCGUACUUCGAGAGCCGGCGGCCCGUGGAGCUCAUCGUCGCCGGGGGGAAGACGUUCCGCCGCUUCGCCGAGCUCAUGCGGACGGAGCACCCCAUCGCGGCGCUCUUCGCGCGCGACCGCUUCGUGUCGCGGCGCGCCAAGGUCUCCAAGCUCGGCCUCGAGGUGCUCAUGUUCCUCGCGUCCUGCGUCCUCGAGUCGGCCCUCUACUACCCCGACCCGGGCUGCGAGGACGAGACGUCGCGCAACGGCUGCCUCAAGUACAAGAACCUCGCCUUCGCCGUCUUCAAGCCGCGCGACAUGUGCGUCUGGUCGACGUGCGCGGGGGCCUGCGCGUACCGAGAGCCGGACCGCGCGGACAGCCAGUCCGUCCAGCACUACUUCGCGCUCGGCGCGUCGCUCGCCGUGCUCCUCCCGCUCGUCGCGGUCCUCGACCGCCUCGUCGAGACCUACCUCGAGGCGCCGAACCCCUUCCGCGCGGCCGCCGCGGGCCGCGGCGACGCCGAGGCCCCGGAGGCGCCGCCCGAGAGCGCCCGGCCGCCGGCGGAGGGCGGCGGCGGCGACGCCUCGCGCGUGAGCGCCUGGCUCUCGAGCCUCAAGGACCUCCGCUUCGUCGGCGGCGCCGCGCCGGCGGACGGCUUCGACGGCCGGCCCGCGGAGCGGCUCUCCGAGCGCGGGAGCCGGCGGACGCGGCUCAAGGAGGCGCGCAAGGUCGCGACCUACGUGCGCCGCCGCAUGGGCGGGGGCCUCGCGGCGGCCCGGCGGAGCGCCGCGGCCGCGGGCCGCGCGCGCGGCGACGCGGCGGCGCUCGCGAAAGUCUUCCGCCACCUCGCGCCGGCCGUCGCCGACGCGGUGCUCGCGCGCGACGACGAGCUCGAGCGCGCCAUGGCCGCGGCCGGCGACCCGGCGCGGCGGCGCAUCCUCAAGCGCCUGCGGACGCGGCUGCGGACGCGGUGGUGCGUCGUCCCGGACCGGCGGCGCUUCGUCGACAACGUCGAGGCGCUCCUCGAGGCGCAGGUGCCCCUCGUCAUCGAGGGGGACCGCGAGCUCAGCGCCACCGCCGGCGCAUCGCCCGAGGAGACGACCGUGCUCAAGGCCGCGAUACGAGCCGCCGACGACGUGACCAGGGCCGCCUACGUCGGCGCCUGGCUCGCCGUCCUGGCCGUCGCGGCCGCGGCCGCGUACUACGUCGUCGCCCACGGCUCCGAGCUCGGCAACAAGCGGCGCAACAAGCGGUCCGCGCUCUGGAUGCAGGACGCGGCCGUGUCGCUCUGCCUCUACUACGGCGUCAUCGCGACGAUCGAGGUCUACUUCUUCGGCAUCGCGCUGCCGUCGCUCCUCGACGAGUACUUCACCAAGUUCGACGACCCGACGGCCGUGCGCCAGUUCCCCUUCGAGACGCGGCUCCCGGAGCUCUCGACGUUCUUCCUCGCGCACUGGCACGACGACCUCCGCGGCACGCGCAUCGGCAAGCACUGCCUCGGCGUCCUCGAGACGCGCAACGACGAGUACGACGGCGCGCCUCCGCCGCGCUCGCUCAACGCGCUCCGCCGCAUCUACGCGGACCAGACGUGGCGGCCGUCGCCCGCGGUGCGCCUCGGCAUCUUCCUCGCGAGCUCCUUCGUGCUGCUGCCCCCGAGCAUCCAGGAGGUGCUCUUCGAGGAGCUCUUCACGGCCGCGCCCGUCAUCUCCUACGUGCUCUUCCAGGGCCACCUGGACCGGUUCUCCGACGGAGCGUCCGGCGGCCGCCGCUCCGUGAACGUGGGCGUCGCCAUCAACUUCGCGGGCGUCUUCCUGCUCCUCCUCGCCGUCUACUUCCUCAUGGCGGCCUUCAAGGCCGCGGUCGACGCCUGCGCGAAACGGGCCUACGAGGAGGACGAGCACGACCGGAGCAAGUGGUACGAGCGCGAGCGCGAGUCGCUCGACGAGCCCGUCGAGCUCGAGUCGCUGGCCAAGCGGGGCGAGAUCCGGAGCCGCUUCCGCAAGAUCAAGCGCGUCAUCACGUUAGCACCGAGGUCGAACGCGCCCGCCGGCGACGUCGAGCUCCCGCCCGCGGGCGAAUUCUCGACGGAGAACCCCAUGGGCCGGAGCGCGCGCCGCGCCGCGGGCGCCGCCGCCGACGCGUCCCACGACGCGUGGCCCACGGCGCGCCGCGUCGGGGCGGAGCGGCACACGGUGCUGCGGGAGGCCCUGGCGGCCAUCGAGGCCACGGACCGGGAGGUCGAGGCCGCCCGCGCCGUGAGCGAGGCGCGGGGCAGCUCCUACUGCCGCUACGUGCUCGCGCGCGAGGAGCUCGAGGACUCGAAGAAGGCGCUGGACGACGUCACGGAGGCGGCGACGCGGGCCUUCCUCGUCAACGCCGCGGCCCACGACGUGCGCCACGGCAUCCACCGCACGGAGCUGCGCCUCGCGAGCCGGAGGUCCGCGACGGUCACCGAGGCGCUGCCGUGGCUCCGCCACCUCCGCGACGCGGAGACCGUCGCGGCGUCGACGGGCCACGUGUCGCGGAGCCGCUGGCGGGGCCGCGUCGUCGAGCAGCUCUGCGCCUUCGAGGCCGCCGUGCGCGAGCCCGUACGGGCGGGCGGUUUAGGCCUCGCGGGCACGGACGACCUCGUCGUCGGGCUCCGGGUCCUCAAGCGCGGCGUCAACGCGUGCACGGGCACGGACGCCAUGACCCAGCUCAAGAAGCUUCAAACGAGGUCCAUCGAGCUCGCCGCCGAGGCGGACCCGGCCCACUUCGGGGCCCUCGAGAAGACCCGGAAGGCCGCGGAGGCGCGGUUCUUGAAAACCGCGAAGAUCGACGCGACGCGCGCGCGGCGCAUGCUCGACGCCGUCGACAAGGACGCGCUGCACCUGGCCCGCGCGACCUACCGCGAGACGACGCUCAAGGCGCGCGCGGCCCGCGACGACCUCGCGGCGCUCGAGGACGACGGCGCGACGAUCCUCGACCACGCGCCCGCCGCGACCGGCCGGCGGCGCCGCCGCCGCCGCGCCGCGCCGCCGUCGACGACGUCGGCGCCGACGGAGGUGCUGCUCGCGCGCCACGGCCUCGCGACGCUCACCUACCUGCCGGCGGCCCUGGACCGGCCGUCGUUCUUCGGCGACGACGGCGCCGGCGACGGCGGCGGCGACGACGGCUUCGCGGCCGGCGGCCGCGUCGCCGCCGCGCGCGCGGCCAUGGACGACGUCUUAGACGCGGCGCCGACGCCCAUCCCGAAGAAGCGGCCGCCCCUGUCGCCGCCGUCGUCGCCCGGCGCGGCGCGGCGCCGCGCGGCGCCGGGCACGCUCUCCACCAAGGGGUCCCAGUCCGCGGCGACGCUCGCGGCCUUCAGCCGCCCCGCGAAGCUCGACCGCGACCUCUUCGCCGACGCGAAGCACCUCGAGAAGCUGACGGUCACGAAAGCGUCCGAGGCCGCCGUCGCCGAGGCGUGCCACCGCGCGCUGGUCGAGUGCGGCAUCGCGGGCGACUGGCGCGCGGCGCUCGCCGCGUACCGGGCCAUGGUCGCCAAGGGCCUCGCGCCGACGCUGCGCACCUGGCGCGCGCUGUUGCGGGCCUGCAAGGUCGGCGACGCGCCCGCGGGCCACGCGUUCGCGAUCCUGGAGGAGAUCGAGGCGCAGACGGCCGCGCGCGCGGGCCGCGACGGCCUCGUCGACGUCUCCAUCUACAACGCCGUCAUCGACAUCUGCGGCCACGCCGGCGCCUGGCGCCGGGCGCUCCAGGUCUUCAACCGGCUCCGCCACCACGGCAUAGCGCCGACGACGCACACGUACUCGUGCGUCAUGGCCGCGGCCGUCGGCGUGCCCGCGGACUCCACCGAGGUCUACGAGGGUUUGAAGUUUGCGGGCAUCCCCGAGUACAUCGCCUACACGGCGGCGACGGCCCACGCGCUCUCCUGGAAGCCCCACGCGUCCGCCGCGGCCAAGGCGUCCCACUACAACGACACGUCGCUCCGCCGCGCGUCCACGUCGGGCGCCUCGUCGUCCUUCGCCUUCUCCUCGCGGGGCCCCACGGACGGCGCCGACCGCGGCGACGCGAGCGGCGCGCCCUACCGCGCGCCGGGGACGUAA